UGGUGUAUCUCUUAUGACAGUAAGACGAGUGUGUGCAGAAGGAUCAUCUACUACUGACGAUGUCUCAGACUCGUCACAACCUGGACCGUCAUUUAACUCAUCGCGAAAAACGUAUAAACGGAAAAAGUAUGCCACAGAACUGGACGAUUUCGAUAACGAUGUUGUUCGACGAACUGUGCAUGAAUUUUAUGAAAAAGGCAGGGGCGGAUUGGCCCACCGGGAAUUCGGGAGUUUUCCCGAUGGACUGGACGUCUGGCCUGCUCUAAUAAAAAAUUAAAAUAAAAAAAGGAAAUAAAAUAGGAAUAUUUAUAAUGGAGAUGGUUUUAGUUACCUAUCUCUUUUAUUGUUAAUAAAUUAUGAUAUCAUGUUUACAAUUUAAAUAGUUAAAUGGUAUCUCGUUCACAUUCUCUCGUGGCUCGAAGUAUAGGUAUGUUCGCAUCGGCCAUUGAACAAAGCAUAGCGACAUAGCGUUUAUAACUUCAUGCUAAUCAGUUUAUCAGUAUUCAGUUAGUAAUCACCGCGACACUGCACCGCGCCACCGCACCCGUAGGCCGACCAUUAUCUCCCACGUUUCUCAACUCGCCGACGACGCACUUGCAUGUUUUACUGUUCAGGUGUUCUAAUAUUAGUUUGAGUUUUUUGAAAAUAAUACGUGUGACAGACAACAGUUGAACAGUAUGAGUGACGGAAUUUCUGCUUUUAAAAGGAAAGGUGGUGCAGAAAGAAGUAGAGACAAGAAAAAGCAGCAACUCCAUGAAUCAGCAAAAAAAUGCAAAUCGAUUAUCGAUGUUUUUGCCACUGCUAACAAUAAGACCAUUCUAGAAAAUGUGGAAGGUGUUGAUGAUAGUAAUGAUACAAGUGAUACAACUAUACUUGCUAAAAAACCAACUUAUAACGCUUUAAAAAACUAUGAAAAUAGUUCUGCUUAUGAUUCUCCUGCAAGUUCUUCUUUAGCAUCUUCCUAUCAACUAGCUGUAAAUAAAAUUAAUAAUACCGUUGUAGAACUUGAUUUUGGUUCAGCUUCAACUAAUACUUCUACAGACUUCAAAUAUUUUAAAAAGCCAAAAUCAUUAACAUUAGGAGAGUUUUUUGAUUUUCAUCCUCAUCAGCCACAUCUAACCAAUCCAUUCAAAUUGUCAAAAGCAUUUUUAGGCAAAAAUAACAUUCAGCGUCGUUGGUUAACAUACGAUGAAUGUUCUAAAAAACUAUUUUGUAGUGUGUGUUUAGCUUUUUCUUCUGAACAAAAUAUUUUUACUGAUGGUUUCAAUACUUGGAGCCAUAUUUAUCAAAGAAUACAAGAGCAUGAAAUUAUUAAAUCUCACAAUUUAUCUUCAGAGGCUUUCUUAAACUUCUCAAGUAAAAAGACUAUUGAUUAUCGGCUGUUUAGUGAACAUUUACACAAAAAAAAAAUAGAAGUAACCAAAAACCGAAACAUUCUACAAAGAGUUAUAGAUGUUGUAAAAUUAAUUGGCAAAAGAGGCUUAAGUUAUAGAGGUCAUAGAAAUGAAGGAGCAGACAGCUUAAAUGAUUCUACUCUCGAUCAUGGUAAUUUCCUAGACAUUUUAUUACUUUUGAAAAAGUAUGAUGUGGUUCUUAGUGAGCAUAUUGAUUCGAUAACUAAAAAUGCUAGUGAAAAUCAUAAAAGAGGAAAAGGCAAAGGUAGAGGUGCAUCUUUGACAUUUAUUUCUAAAAGUACUGUGAACAUGGUUAUAGAUUCUAUAUCAUAUUUUAUGAAAAAAUCAAUAUCGGAUGAAAUUAGAGAUGCUGUUAUGUUCUCUGUCCAGUUGGACACCACACAAGAUAUUUCUGUACAAGAUCAAUGCUCUAUAAUUGUUAGAUAUGUGAACUACAAAGGUAUUCAAGAAAAAUUAUUGGCUGUAAUAACUGUACAACAAUCUACUGGCAAAAGUUUUAGCGAUAUGCUUCAAGGUGUUUUAGCUGAAAAUGGUCUUGAUAUUACAAAAUGUGUUGGAAAUACAACUGAUGGGGCAGCAAACAUGCAAGGACAAUUUAAUGGAUUUUCUGCUUGACUUGAGAAGUCAACACCAA